CUUCCCUCUUCCUGUGGCAAUAUUUAAUUCAGGAUGCAGUGAUGCUGUCUAGGGCCCAGAGCAGCGGGUUGCUUUCCAAUAUCCAAUCUGAGAGAACUCUGUUAUGAAGCUGCGAUCAACGCCGAGUCGACCAUACGCCUCUGUUGCGAUGCCUCUGCCCCGCAUUCUCCCUUGCCUCCGCUGUGGUCUCCGCGCCCAUCACCAGAGAAGGCUGGUUUCCUCGAGAGAACAUCGAGCGAUCCGCUGAGCGAGCAUGGGAAAGAGACCGUUAGUGGGAGAUCUCUUCGCCCGCUCUUCUGGCCAGCCGUCCCCCGACGCCGACCGUCCCAGACCCGGUCCUCCUCCACGCAGGAAGAGCUCAGUUUCAUCACCACGCGAUGAUAUCGGUGGCAGGAAUCGGCCAAAGACUCGGCGAGCCGAAUCAACGGCUAGGAAUGCGUCCUCAGACAACAUCCUGGCGCAGGACCCUGGAUAUGAUGCUGAUGUCGAAGUCGUCCGACCUUAUGCUAUUGAAGAACCGGAUGACGAUGCUGAUCAGACUUCAACAUCAGCGCCUACUCAACCUGCUACGCCGAAGCUACUAGACACGACCGAAUACUGGCAGAGGGAGCUAGUGAAUUCUCUACGUGGUCUUUAUUGCGAUUCGGAUAGCAACGACACCUUUCCACUAUCGAGGCAGAAGCGAGGCAGGAAGAGGAAACCCGAUGUGUCGAUGAGCUCUUCACAGAACAUUCGAACUAUACCAGAUGUGAGGGAUCAGGAUAUUGAUCUUGAUGCGGAAGGAUCCAUUUCCAGUCCCCCAAAGAGGCCGCGGAGGAAAAGCACCAAGACUGGGGAUGACAUCAAAAUGGAAUAUGCUGCAGCCCCUAAUAGCCGCGAUUUAAGCCCAGAACCCAGCUCUGCGAUACUAUCACACAGUGGUCGUGAAUCUGCGCCGCAAAUCAAUUCACCAGGCGACGCAAUGACGGACCGGAUGGAUCUAGACUAAUAGGACCAUCUGUGAUACAUCACGUUGUUUUCCCUUACCGAGAGUGCUAACCUCUUUGACGUCAUCAUGACUUUCUUUACUUGAAAUGCCCCAUACCAGAAGGUGUCCAGUUGUGUAGAAUGAACUGUGCCCAUCGGAAGAGACUAUAUAUCGUGGCUAGACACCGUCGU